AUGGCAACCGCAUUUCAAAAGAUUCCCCUCGAUGUUCCUCGAGCUAAGGUGCACAGCUUGAUCAAAUCAUUGAUUACCAAUCUUGUGGAUAUCAAGGAUACGUCUGGUGAAUUUUUGCUUCGUCUCGAAGAUGGCAGCAUUGUUGAUACCAAAGGAUGGAACGAUUGGGAAUGGACACAUGGUAUUGGUCUCUAUGGAUUAUGGCAGUACUAUGAAAUGACCAAGGAUGGCGAAACAUUAUCAAUCAUCGAAAACUGGUUCCGAGAUCGGUUUGCAGAACCACCUAGACACAAGAACAUUAACACAAUGGCUGUAUUUUUGACGUUGGCUUACUUGUAUGAACAUACACGGGAUCAAACGUACUUGCCGCAUCUCGACAGCUGGGGAGAAUGGGCUAUGUAUGACUUGGCACGCACCGAUUAUGGUGGAAUGCAACAUGUGACGUACCUAACGCCCAACACACAGCAGCUAUGGGAUGAUACGUUGAUGAUGACGGUGUUGCCGUUGGCAAAGAUUGGAAAGCUGUUGAACCGCCCACACUACAUUGACGAAGCCAAACGCCAAUUCCUGGUACACAUCAAGUAUCUCUUUAGUACCAAGACCGGUCUCUUUUAUCAUGGAUGGACAUUUGAACAAGGAGGGCAUAAUUACGCUGAUGCCUAUUGGGGUCGAGGCAAUAGCUGGCUCACUAUUGCCAUUCCCGAGUUUAUUGAAUUACUUGAUCUACAGCCCAGCGAUCCUAUUCGUAUCCACUUGAUUGAUACGCUCCAUGCACAAGUCACUGCUCUUGCCAAGUAUCAAGAUCCCAGUGGAUUAUGGCGUACCAUCAUUGACGAGGAAUCGUACCUGGAAGCAUCUGCAACUGCAGGUUUCGCAUUUGGUAUACUCAAGGCCGUUCGUAAGCGAUACAUUAGCAAGAAAUACAAGGACAUUGCACUCAAUGCUAUUAAAGGAGUCAUUGACAACAUUAAUGAUCAAGGUGAACUUGAAAAGGUGUCAUUUGGAACACCUGUAGGCGAUACAAGACAAUUCUAUAAAGAGAUCCCACUCACAUCUAUGCCCUACGGCCAAGCAAUGGGUAUGAUGUGCCUUGUUGAAUUCCUCCGCUUGUAUAUAUAG